CUUUCUUAACUGUCUGAAAAAGGAGAGCGAGGUUGCUGUCAAGUCGCCGGCUCCCAAGUCCAGACAAAACUGUCUAAAACAUGAAGAUCUGGACAUCAGAACAUGUAUUCAAUCACCCAUGGGAGACCGUGACCAAGGCAGCCAUGCAGAAGUAUCCCAACCCCAUGAAUCCCGGCGUGGUGGGGGUGGACGUCCUGAACAGACACGUUGACACACAGGGCCGGCUAUGCAGCAACAGACUGCUCAGCACAGAGUGGGGCCUGCCCUCCUUGGCCAAGACACUCAUUGGUAUCACGAGAACGAACACAUACAUUCAAGAAAAUUCAGUAGUGGAUCCCAAGGAAAAGACAUUUGAGCUGCAAUCUUCAAAUAUUUCAUGUACUAAUAUUGUGUCUGUGGACGAGAAGUUAACGUACAGGCCUCAUCCGCAGGACCCCCAAAAGACUAUUCUCACACAAGAGGCAUUGAUUUCUGUUAAAGGAAUUAGUCUGAGCAGUUACCUAGAGGGUCUCAUGGCCAAAACAAUCUCUGCAAAUGCAGGCAAAGGACGAGAGGCGAUGGAGUGGGUCAUCAGGAGGUUAAACACAGAGAUCGAGGAGCUGGCAGCAACUGCACAGGCCACCAUCCGCAUCCCCAUGGCUGCAGCAGUCACAGAGAAGUGAUUGACCGCCAGCUGGAUGGACCUCAGACAUUCCCCUGGAAUUGGAGAAACCACAUCAUCUCCCAGCACAACCGCCGCCUGGAUUCACCCACUCAUUGUCUGUCUGCAGGAGGCCACCUUCCCUCAGUGGACUGCCGGCACAAGCAGGAUACACACUGUCGGGUACACAGAACGAAGCUGAUGACAUUAAAAAGGGUCGAAGCAGGUUGCACAUGAGUUUCAUGGGAUUGUAGUCUUCAAACAUUUUGAGUCACACCGUGCCUACAGGUCAUCUGGUUUAUAUUUAUUCCCCUCCUGCCCUCUCGUUUGAUAUUCUGAAGUGAGCUGUCUAACGUGUUUCCUCUGUGACUUGAACAUUCAGUUAUACAUCAUUCUGUGUUGCCUAUGCAAGCCAUGUAUUUACCAAUCAUAAACAGGCUUUUUAGUAAGGUUCAAGGAACAGUUCACUAACAGAAGAUAAACUAAUAUUGUUUGUGGGUCUGUUCUAUUUGUGAAGUGUUGUAAAGUUCCUGUGUUAUGUAUUUAAUAAUGCAAACUUGAAUUU